CUCUCUCUCGUCGAAUUCUCCGCCGCCAGUUAGAUUUCCUCCGAUAACGUCCACACCUGGUUUCUACACCAAAUGCUGGCAUAGAGUACAAUUAUACGAAUCGCUCUAGCGAUGCCUGAUUCCCAGACUUCGGCCGCUCUUGUCGGUAUUCUCUCCAACCUCGCCAAAUCACACGAUCCUUCACAAGACACCACAUUUUCAGGACGCAUAGCUGCAAAUGGAACUCGGCAGUCCAAGAUUCAGCUGCCUGGCCCUGACGACCCAGAGAAACAGACGCUUGAACGUGAGCUGUCAAAAUUAGCCGCCCGCAUCUCUUAUCUCGAAGCCAAAGCGAACGCAGUCAACGAACGCGCAUUUCCUCUUACACCCAGCGAACCUCUUUCGUCUCCAUUCAACCCAGAUACCUCAGCUAUCUCCGGCCGUAGUGCCCCUCCUGCCUUCACACGGUCUCAAACUGGGGCCACGAAAGAACAGAAGGCACAAUGGGUCUCGAACUGGCUUGCUUCGAGGGACGAAGCCGACCAGCCUCCAAGUCAGGUCACUGCUCUGACGGAAGAACAAUUGAGCUACCUGCGAGACCACGUAAGCAAACAAGCGGAACAAAUCCGUAGUCAACGAGAACACAUUGAAGAGCUGCACAAUGAAGUCAAAACUACACUGGAAAGCCAGAAUCGAGAGGUCAAGGAGAGCGUGGAUGAUAUUGACGCUCUGAAAAGAGAGCUUGCGAAACAUCAGCAGGCCAACCUUGCCUUCCAGAAAGCUCUACGUGAAAUUGGAAACAUUGUCACUGCUGUCGCCAACGGUGAUCUCAGUUGCAAAGUUCUCAUACACGCAAAAGAGAUGGACCCAGAAAUUACUGUGUUCAAGCGCACUAUCAACACUAUGGUGGACCAGCUUCAAGAUUUCGCCAGCCAAGUGACGCACCUUGCAAAGGAAGUCGGCACCGAAGGCAGACUUGGUGGCCAAGCUUGUCUUCCUGGCCUCGGAGGUAUUUGGGCUGAAUUGACCGACAGCGUCAACGUUAUGGCGAAGAAUCUCACCGAUCAAGUGCGAGAAAUCGCUGUAGUAACAACUGCGGUAGCGGAUGGCGACCUCAGUCGUAAGAUCGAGCGUCCCGCACGUGGCGAAAUUCUCCAGCUACAGCAGACUAUCAACACUAUGGUGGAUCAGCUCCGUUCUUUUGCUACUGAAGUUUCAAGAGUCGCCAAGGAUGUCGGCACUGAAGGUGUUCUCGGUGGCCAAGCUCAAAUUGAGGGCGUCAAAGGCAUGUGGAACGAUCUGACAAUCAACGUCAAUGCGAUGGCCUUCAAUCUCACGACACAAGUGCGCGACAUUGCUGAAGUUACCACUGCCGUGGCUCAAGGAGAUCUCACACGUAAGGUUCAUGCUGAGUGCAAGGGAGAAAUCCUCGAACUCAAAAUAACCAUCAAUUCUAUGGUGGAACAAUUGCAGCAAUUUGCACAUGAAGUGACGAAAAUUGCGCGAGAAGUCGGUACUGAAGGCCAACUCGGUGGACAAGCCACUGUACAUGGCGUCAAGGGCACAUGGGCAGAACUCACUGAGAAUGUGAACGGCAUGGCCAUGAACCUAACUACACAGGUGCGCGAGAUCGCAGAAGUGACAACUGCUGUCGCCAGGGGUGAUCUCAGCAAGAAGGUUAAUGCAGAGGUGCAAGGCGAGAUUUUGGAACUGAAGAGCACCAUCAACACCAUGGUGGACAGAUUGAGCACAUUUGCCUUUGAGGUCAGCAAAGUAGCUCGCGAAGUCGGUACUGAGGGUCAGUUAGGAGGCCAGGCCGAAGUGAGGAAUGUGGAGGGUAAAUGGAAAGAUUUGACGGACAACGUCAACACAAUGGCCAAGAACUUGACUUCCCAGGUCCGUAGUAUCUCCCAAGUCACGCAAGCUAUCGCACAAGGAGACAUGAGCAAGCGAGUGUCGGUGAAUGCCGAAGGCGAGAUUCGUCUGUUGAAAGACACCAUCAACGAUAUGGUGGGUCGUCUUGACGACUGGUCCCUGGCUGUCAAGCGUGUCGCACGAGACGUGGGCGUAGACGGCAAGAUGGGUGGUCAGGCUGAUGUUGAUGGCAUCGCUGGUCGCUGGAAAGAAAUUACCACCGAUGUCAACACAAUGGCACAGAAUUUGACAUCCCAAGUGCGCGCCUUCGGGGAUAUUACAAAUGCUGCCAUGGAAGGAAAAUUCACACAGAUCACUGUGGAAGCGUCUGGAGAAAUGGACGAGCUCAAGCGCAAAAUCAACCAGAUGGUUGCCAGUCUACGUGAAAGUAUUCAGAGAAAUACUGCAGCCAGAGAGGCUGCCGAACUCGCCAACAAGACCAAGUCUGAAUUCCUUGCCAACAUGUCACACGAGAUUCGGACGCCCAUGAAUGGCAUCAUCGGAAUGACGCAGCUCACACUCGAUACGGAUCUUACCCAUGCUCAACGAGAGAUGUUGACAAUCGUGCACAACUUGGCUGGUCAACUUCUUACUAUCAUUGACGAUAUUCUGGACAUCUCAAAGAUCGAGGCGAAUCGUAUGGUCAUGGAGGAAAUCCCAUUCUCACUGCGUGGUACCAUCUUCAACGCGCUGAAGUCACUGGCUUCGCGUGCGAACGAAUCGAAGCUGAAUCUGGCGUAUGAGGUCGAUAACACUGUGCCAGACUAUGUAAUUGGCGAUUCUUUCCGCCUGCGACAGAUCAUCCUCAAUCUGGUCGGCAAUGCCAUCAAGUUUACCGAGGGUGGCACAGUUAAGGUCGCUAUUGACGCCGGCGACCAGGUGAAUUGCAGUCCUGACCAGUAUAUGUUCAAAGUUGUUGUAUCCGAUACUGGAAUUGGUAUCAAGCGAGAUAAACUCAAUCUGAUCUUUGAUACGUUCCAGCAAGCUGACGGUUCUACCACGCGAAAGUUCGGUGGAACCGGCCUUGGACUAUCAAUCUCAAGGCGACUAGUCACUCUUAUGGGUGGAAGAAUGUGGGUGGAAUCUGAGUAUGGAGUAGGAAGCCAGUUCUACUUUACCGUCAGGGUACGUUUCGGCAAUCCUGAUGUCAGCGUGCUUGCACAGAACCUGCACCCGUACAAGCAACACAAUGUCCUCUUCCUCGACCAAGGCCACACCAAUUAUGGCAAAGAUAUCGCACAGCAUCUCAGGGCACUCGAGCUCACCCCCCACAUCAUUAAAGCGGAGGACAACAUCCCGAUUCAAGAACUACAUGCCGCCAUCGGUAACGCUUACGAUUGCAUUAUCGUUGACUCCAAUAUGACCGCUCGAAAACUGCGUAACGCCGAACGCUUCAAGUAUAUCCCUCUUGUGAUGGUCACGCACCGAGUUUCCGUCGGUCUGAAGUCCGCACUCGAGGACGGCAUUUCCAGUUACAUGACCGUACCAUGUCUAUCGAUUGAUCUUGGCAAUGCUCUCAUUCCCGCACUCGAUGGCCGUGCCGCGCCAUCUGUGUCGGACCACUCCAGGUCAUUUGACAUUCUUCUCGCAGAAGAUAAUUCAGUCAACCAAAAAUUGGCUGUCAAGAUUCUCGAAAAAUAUCAUCACACGGUAACUGUCGCAAACAACGGUCUUGAAGCUCUGGAGCACGUUAAGCUGAAGCACUAUGAUGUGGUGCUCAUGGACGUGCAGAUGCCUGUCAUGGGUGGGUUUGAAGCGACUGGUAAUAUCCGAAAGUGGGAGCGAGAGAAUGGUAUGGAGCGAACUCCUGUCAUUGCACUCACGGCACACGCCAUGGUCGGCGAUCGCGAAAAAUGCCUUGAAGCUGAGAUGGAUGACUACCUAUCGAAGCCUCUCAAACAAGCACAACUGAUACAGACUAUUUUGCGUUGCGCUACCUUUCCACAACCCAGGAAAGAGCACGAUAGCGGAAGCACGUCGAAGCAAGAUUCCGAACCUCCAAGCCCAAACAGUGGCAGAAACUCUCUGAACCCAAGUAGCGCAAGGAGGCCCGGCAUCGAGCCCAGAGGAUAUACCGAAACGGGUGGCCAGAGCAGCCCAAAGCUCUUGGCUACAGAUCAAACAGAUCAGGUUGAUAGAGUGAGUGGCGGCUCUCCCGAUCCUCCUCCUCCUUCCACCGGUUUUUUCGGCUCAAUGCUCACUGCUAUCGGUCUUCGUCGUUGAAAUCAUUGCUAACGCUCAGUCGUAGCUUUUGAUCCGGUCACACAGCGGCUAAAGAUGUGAUCAUCCUCUGCUAUCUCUCUUUCGCAUACUCGUCGACACAUAUCAUGAUCACCAAAUACUGCGACCGUCUCGCAGCUAUCGCCCCCGAUCUACCCCAAAGCUGUGCGCCUGGACGACUCUUUCGUGUCUAUGCCUUUCCUCUUGCGAUCAAUCCAUCAUCAUACCUCGGUGUACAGGCGUUGAUGAUUGACAUUAUAUGUCUAUGAUUUUUGUU